AUGGCGGAUUUACAGCGGCAGCAGCUGUUGCAGAGUAAGAGAAGAAGAGUAACGAGAGCGUGCGAUGAAUGCAGGAAGAAAAAGGUGAAAUGCGACGGGCAGCAACCGUGUAUUCACUGCACUGUUUAUUCCUACGAAUGUACUUAUAAUCAACCGACAAAGCGAAAUGGGUCUUCGCUACCGACGUCAACACAGCAAUCACAGAGUGUUAAGUGGGCUAAACCAACCGGAUCUUUCAAUCCAAACAUAUCAGCUACUAUCAAUGUCAGUGCACCGUCUUCUGUAUCAGUGGGAUCUAUUAAGAAACAGAACUCCCGAGAAUCGAAACUGCAGGCUCAGGUCAACAAGUAUAAGGCAUUAUUCCACGAGAUACUGCCAGAUCUUCCAGAUAUAGACUCCCUAGACCUUCCGACGUUUAUCCAAAUAUUUCGCAACUUCAGCUCAAAUUCUCAGUACGCUUCUUCGAUAUUGCAGGACACAAUAACGGAGUAUCAUUUAAUUGCAAGCGACGCAACGCCUUGCUCAUCAAAGACAACAACCCCAGAUGGAAGCAGUACCGGAAGUAAUAGCCUCAUCAGUACAGAUGUUGUCGAAUCUGUUGACGGUUCAAUUCAAUCACAUAUGGGAAGAGAAAUAAAGAUAAUACUACCUCCGAAACCAAUAGCGCUUCAAUUUCUGACAAAUGUUUGGGAGCAUUGUUGCGUAUUAUUGAGCUUUUAUCACAGGCCCAGUUUUAUAAAACAAUUCGAUGAACUGUAUGAAACCGAUCCGCAAAACUACUCACAUGAUCAGAUGCAGUUUUUGCCAUUGUGUUAUUCAACAAUGGCUGUAGGCGCACUCUUUUCUAAAUCAAUGGAUGAGCCAAAAAAUCCUAUAGGGCAGAAUUCAGAUACGGAACUCGAGAAUGGCGAUGAAAACCAAAAUGAAGAGGGGUCUUAUUCAAGAGGUAAGUUUUUAGAAGAUGAAGGUUACAAGUAUUUCAUCGCAGCAAGGAAAUUGAUAGACAUAACCAAUGCUCGUGAUCUCAAUUCUAUCCAGACCAUCUUGAUGCUGAUUGUCUUCCUUCAGUGCUCGGCAAGGUUAUCAACAUGUUAUGCUUAUAUCGGAGUGGCUAUGAGAAGCGCACUGCGUGAAGGACUCCAUAGAUCGUUAACUCUGGAAUCUGGCUUCAAUCCAAUUGAGAUUGAAAUGAGAAAGAGAUUGUUUUACUCGGUACAUAAAUUGGACAUCUAUGUGAAUGCCAUGUUAGGCUUACCCAGGUCGCUUUCCCCGGAGGACUUUGACCAAACUUUGCCUAUUGAACUAUUGGAUGAGAAUAUUACUGAAGAAGGUUAUUUCCCGGAGAACGAAAACAACGUUCUCUCCAGUGCAGGUAUUGCAAACCAACAUACGAAACUGGUAAUGAUCUUAGAUGUGAUUGUAAGGAAAUUAUAUCCAACCAAGAAGACAAAUAACUUGAUUUCUCACGAUGUAGUCACAGAUUUGGAAAUGAAGCUUAGAGAGUGGCUAGAUGGACUACCUCCAGAGCUAAUUCCUGGACGAGAAGACGUUCCAAAAGAAUACGAAACUGCUAAUAGAUUGUUGCAUUUGUCAUUUUUCCAUGUUCAGCUGAUAUUAUAUAGACCCUUUAUCCAUUAUCUCUCCAGGAAAAGUGUGGCAAACAAUCGCGAUUCCCUUUCAAUUCAGCGGGCCAGAAAUUCGAUCAGUGUAGCGAGAUCUGCGGUCAACUUAGCGCAAGAAAUGCUUAAGAAAAAUUUAUUGACAGGUUCCUACUGGUACGGAUGUUACACGAUUUUUUAUUCCGUUGCUGGAUUACUCUUCUAUGUCCAUGAAGCUCAGCCAUCAGAUAAGGAGAGCGCCCUUGAGUAUGAGCAAAUAUUAAAGGAUGCCGAAAUUGGAAGAAACGUUUUAUUGCAGCUUAAAAAUACAAGCAUGGCUGCUGAUAGAACCUAUAAUUUACUGAACAAAAUUUUUGAAAAACUAAACUCUAAAACAAUAAAGCUUUCGGAAAUCCAUGGGAACUCAGAGCAGCAAUCAGCCACGAAAGAUGAAAAACGAGAUAUGUCGUUGCAACCAACGACGAUCGCCCCUCGCCAAAUUUCAGACACUUCUAAUUCCGGCAGGUAUUUUGGUCCAGAGCUAUCGGCCACAUUUCAAUCACAAGGCUUGCGACCGAUGGCAAAUGAGCAUGCUGCCUCACCUAACAAGUUUAACAAAACAAUUAGCGGCGUCAAUACCGUAAAUACUGCCGCUACAUCCAAUAUUCCAACUAAUGAGAGUGAUAUCUUCACCAAAACUGACACAACCCCGAUGGAUGGCUUCUCCAUUUUGGAUACAAUAAACAAUGACCUUUUUGGAAGCGCAAAUAUGUCAGACAAUUCUUUCAAAGGACUCGGUGAAAUGACGGCACCGGAAGGCUCUGAAAAUUUAGGUUCGGAUGGGGUAAAAAGGGAAGGUGUCGACUCGGAGUCGUACAUACCUGGCGCCUUUGAUCAACUGGAUAUACAAUUAUUCGGUAGGUAUUUACCUCCAUACAUGUCACAACAGGGUGAUGCGAGCGAGCCUGGUAAAUAA